AUGAACGCUUCGGAUUUCCUGCUGAACCUCAACAGAGUUCUGGGUAUAUCCCCCAUCGACAAAAAGGGAAUCCUUCGUUGGCUCCAUUCCUUGUGGUGCUUGGGCUUACUCUUAUACAUUUGGACCAACAGCAUCAGGAGAUGUGUGGAGUUCAAGGGAGAGAUCCCCACCAUUGAGAAGAUACUUUACUUGCUGGAAUUCCCAGGAAACAUGUCCGUCAUAGGUUUUCUGGCUUUUCAUGCUGUACUUCAUCUUCCCAGUCUCCAGGAAGUGGAGUUGGAGAUUCACCGUAUGAUCAAAAGACUGGACUCCAAGGCAGUUCAAAUGAUAUACAAAAAACACGAUCAAAGGACUCUCCAGUUAAUGGUAAUCUCCAUCAUUUUCCAUGGACUCUGUGCUGUUGUUGAUAUUAUUACCUGUAAAUUUGAGUUUUGGACCACCUGGAUCAGUAAUAGCAUAUAUAACCUGCCUGGCUUGAUGAUGAGUCUGGGCUUGCUGCAGUAUGCUCUCCCCUUACACUUUCUAUGGCUUCUUUUGGAUGAGAUCAGGAGAGCAUUGGAGGAGCUAAAGUGGCAGCAGAGACCGCCUGGGGGAAUCACCAAACUAGAUGCUAGAUAUGAGUCUGCCUUUGCCGUUCUAGUGGACGCUGGAGGAGGUUACUCUGUACGGCUGGAGGAGAUGCGUUCCACUUGCCACCACUUGGAUUUGCUGCACAAGAAACUCUUGUCUCGAUUUGGAACCUUCCUGAUCUUGAAUUUUGCCAACUCCCUGGCUAGUUUCUGUGUGGAGCUCUAUCUGGUCUUUAAUUUCUUUGAAAAUCCUCAACUGGAGGAGAGUGUGUUGCUCAUCUAUCGCCUGCUUUGGUUACUCAUGCAUGGAGGAAGGAUUUGGUUUAUUAUGGCAGUCAAUGAACAGAUUUUGGAGAAGAAAUGCCAGCUGUUUAGGUUAAUCAAUGAACUGGAGGUCUGUAGUUCCCACUUGGAGAGAACCAUUAAUCGAUUUCUCCUGCAGCUCCAGACUAGUCUGGCUCAACCUUUGGAGGCAUGUGGAAUCGUUCCACUGGACACGCUGGCCUUGGGUGGGUUUUUUGGUGUAUUGAUGGCCAUUGUUAUUUUCCUCAUACAAAUCGGACUGGGUAAUAAAUCGCUAAUGGGUGUAGCUCUCAACAAAUCAAACUGGCUUUAUAUUUGA